AUGAACGGAGAAGGAGCGGAUAAAUUCAAGAACCUCAGGGUCAUGUUUAUCGAUGAUGGAAAAUUUGAGGAAGAGAUCGACCGGCGAAUUGGAAUAGCCAGUGGCGUUCUGCGUGAACUAGCGCCAACCUUUGUGACUAAGGCAGAGCUGAAUCUGAAGACUAAACGUUCCCUGUUUGAAUGUUCCCUUUAUACGGUCGUGAACAGUGGGUUGCGAUCGAGAAAAGAUGAAUGGAUGGGCUGA